AUGGGUCACUCUCAGGAGCUCAGUGAAUUCAAGCAUGGUACCGUGAAAGGUUGCCACCCGUGCUAUAAGUCCAUCCGUGAAAUUUCCUUACUACUAAAUAUUCCACGGUCAACUGUUAGUGGUAUUAUAAUAAAGUGGAAGCAACUGGGAACAACAGCAACUCAGCUACGAAGUGCGCAUGUGUAGACGUUGCCAGCUGUCUGCAGAGUCAAUAGCUAAAGACCUUUAAACUUCAUCAAGGGAACUCUUAAGACGUCAGCAUACCUAGACAUUUUGACCAAUUUCAUGCUUCCAACUUUGUGGGAAGAGUUUGGGGAUGGCUC